AUUAAGACCAAAUAGAGACCCUCCUUCUUACUUACAUAGUAGUAACGUUAACCAAAAAAUUCUUAAGCCAUAUUUUACCAUAAAAUAUGGAUUAUUCCGGGCACCUCGAGCACAUGCUCUGCAAGCAUGGCGGAGACGAUGACGUCAGCUUCGACCAAAACAGCUUCGGUGCGGCCGCAGCGAUAGCCUCGAGCGAACAAAUUCUGACGUCAGCCAUCGAUUCCAUGAAGCUCAACCAAGUAGUUCACCUACAGAUUGCCGAUUUGAGCCUCGGAGCCGCAGGCCACACGUUUUCCGCGGUAGACACGGUAGUUGAGGUGUUAAGGCGGAAGCUGGCCAUGAUUAACGGCGGAACCGAGCCAGCGUUUGAAGUCUUCUUCUCCGACCUGCGCCCUUCGAAGGACUUCACCUCGUCGUUUCGACCGUUGGAAGACAGAGUUGACGGCUCGGGGAAGAAGUACUACUCCGCUGGCGUUUCCGGCUCGUUCAGUUGGAGGCUGUUUCCGAAAGGAGAGCUCCAUGUUGUUGUGACGAGUUCCUUACAAUGGCUCUCUCGGAUACCGAGAAAGGUGAUGAAGAAAGGAUCGGAGCGAUGGAAUAAGGGAAGGGCGUGGAUUCAAGGAGCACAGAGAGAAGUUGUAGAGGCAUACGCGGAGCAGUCAGACAAGGACUUAGUCCAGUUCUUGAAAUGUCGGAAAGAAGAAAUUAUGGUAGGAGGAAUGUUGUUUAUGUUGAUGGCUGGUCGACCUUCUGACUUAGAGAGUCAAGUCAGUGAUGAAUCCCGUCUCAAGCUCAUUUUCACAACUUUCAUGGAUCAAGCAUGGCAAGAUCUAGUAGAUGAGGGUUCAAUAAAAGAGGAGAGAAGAGAUGGUUUCAACAUUCCGGUCUACCUUAGAAACACAGAGGAAGUGGCGGCUGCGAUAGAAAGUUGUGGUGGUUUCAAGAUAGAGAAGAUGGAGCUAUUGAAAAUAGAUGACCCUAUGAAUGCUAGACAGCAAGAGUUUAUGAAAGAUCCGGAUUCAUACGGUCGAGCCAUGGCUAAUUUGGUUCAAGCUGGUCUUAUAAAGCCAAUGGUUGAGAACUAUCUCGGUCCUGACCUAACCAGCAAGUUAUUCAAACGGUAUGCAAUUCGAGCUGCUAACAACAAAGAAUUUCUCACGAAGAAUUAUUUCUAUCAUAUGAUCGCUGUUUCAGCGAUUCGGGUUUGAAGUUAGUUAACUACCUAGCAUGUCAAAGUUUAUAUAUACGAUAUCGUUUGACGGAUGCAAGAUGAAAUAAGUGAUUAUAUUAGACUGAAACCAUUGUAUUUCAGAUAUAUUAUAGAUUAAUAGUGUUGUGUUGUGUUGUCCUUUACGUU